AGAAGGAAGAGAGAGAGAGAAGGCAACGGAGAAGGGAUAUAUAAAAAGCUCGAGUCGCCAACAAGGGCGAAGGAGAGGCGAGGAGCCGGGGAGAGAAGUCCGAGCGCGAGCAAAAACCAAAAAGCCGCGAGGAGGAGCUCGCAAACUGGCAGCCAGCGCGAGCGCUCGCCAAGGCAGCCGCGGGCGAAAGCACGCGCGGCGAUGCGGCGCUGGGCUCUCCUGCUCCUGCCUCUCGCGGUCGUGUGCGCGGCGGCGGCGGCGGCAGCAGCAGCAGCAGCAGCCCACGCCACCGGCGGCCACGGCGGCCCCGGCAGCGGCGGCGGAGGCGCCGAAUGCGGGCUGGAGGAGCGCUCUCGGCGGGCGCGGCGGGCCACCCGGCGCCAACAGCACCACCAGCAGCGACAGCAAGCGCUCCUCUGGCGUUACCCCGCGCCGGGCACCUGCGCCACUAGGUUAGCCCGGGGUAGGCGCUCUUCUUCCACUUCGGCGGCCGGUGGCUUGGAAGCGCCGCGCGUCCCCCGGCGCAGGAGGCGAGCGCAGGACGAGGGGCCGGGGCCAAACGAGGGUCGCCGGCCCGUGACCCCACCGAGCAGGGCGUUUUAUUUCCGCGGCCAGGGCGAGCAGCUGCGCUUGAAGGCGGAGCUGGAGAUACCUCGGGAUGCUUUCACCGUCCAAGCUUGGCUGCGGCCCGAAGGGGGGCAGAAGGCACCGGCUGUGAUCGCAGGAUUAUAUGACAAAUGUUCUUACACCACCCUGGACCGAGGAUGGGUUUUGGGAAUUAACAACAUCAGUGACCAAGGUAAUCGAGAUCCCCGCUAUUUCUUCUCACUGAAGACUGACCGUGCCCGGAAGGUCACCACCAUCACGGAUCACCAUAGCUACCUUCCGAAUCAGUGGGUUCAUCUCGCCAUCACUUACGAUGGACAUUUGAUGAAGAUGUACGUGAACGGUGCCCAGGUGGCGGCCAGUAGAGAACAGGUAGGGAGUAUCUUCAGCCCUUUGACUUUGAAAUGUAAGAUCCUUAUGCUGGGUGGCAACGCCCUAAACCAAAAUUACCGAGGAUACGUAGAACAUUUUAGCCUUUGGAGAACAGUCCGUUCUCAGAAGGAGAUAUUGAUGGACAUGACUCUGGUGGCUCAUGAAGUAGAUGUUCCUCUACCUCAGCUAGUGUUUCAGGAGACUUUACUGAAUGUGAAAAGCAACUGGUCUCCCAUGAAAGACAACCCACGUCUUCCUCUGACCGAGUUCACCUCCCACUCGGGCUACCUGUUGGAUACCAGCCUGGAGCCUCCUCUUUGUGGCCAAAUGGUUUGCGACAAUGUGGAGGUCAUCGCCAGUUACAACCAGAUCCCGACCUUCCGUCACAGGAAAGUGGUCCGUUAUCGCGUGGUGAACAUUUACGACGACCAUCACCGCAACCCGACCAUCAGCCAGCAACAAAUAGAGUUCCAGCACCGACAGCUGAACGAUGCUUUCGGCCCGUAUAACAUCUCGUGGGAAAUAGAGGUGCUGGAGAUCAACGAUUCCUCCCUUCGCGACCGCCUCAUCCUGGCCAACUGCGAAAUCAGCAAGAUUGGAGACGAGAGCUGCGAUCCGGAGUGCAAUCAUACGUUGACCGGCUUCGACGGAGGAGAUUGCCGCCACGUGCGCCAGCUUUCCUUCAACAAGAAGAAACAGAAUGGCGUUUGUGACAUGGAUUGCAACUCCGAGAAGUACAACUUUGACGGCGGGGAUUGCUGCAAUCCGGAUAUAACCGAUGUCACCAAAACCUGCUUUGAUCCCGAUUCUCCCAACAGGGCCUACUUAGAUGUCAAGGAACUGAAGAACAGGCUCAACCUGAACGGCUCCACACACCUCAACAUCUUCUUCGCCAAUUCUUCCGAAGAAGAGCUGGCUGGCAUGGCCACUUUUCCUUGGGACAAAGAAGCCUUGGUGCACUUGGGAGGCAUCGUCCUGAACCCUUCCUUCUACGGCAUUGCGGGUCACACCCACACCAUGAUCCAUGAAGUCGGACACAGCCUCGGACUCUACCAUGUCUUUAAGGGGGUGUCUGAGAUCUUCUCCUGCAGCGACCCAUGCAUGGAAACGGAACCAUCCUUCGAGACGGGAGAUCUCUGCCACGAUACCAAUCCUACCCCGACUCACAAAGUCUGCGGUGAUCCCCCUGCUAAUAGUAACAUGUGUGGGUUCCAUAACUUCCAGAAUACACCGUUCAACAACUUUAUGAGCUACGCAGAUGAUGACUGCACCAAUUCCUUCACCCCAAACCAGGUUGCCCGUAUGCACUGCUACUUAGAUCUAGUGUAUCAAAGCUGGCAACAUAUCAAGAAGCCAGCUCCCAUUGCCAUCAUGCCCCAGAUUGUGGACCGAACGGAGGCCUCUGUUACCCUGGAGUGGUUUCCACCAAUCGACCGACACUUCUUUGAAAGAGAAGUGGGAUCAUCAUGCGAGCUGUGUGGGGAAGAACAAAUUCUGGUGCAAUACGCUUCCAGCGCCUCUUCGCCGAUGCCGUGUGACCCGUCAGGCCACUGGAGCCCCCGAGGAGCUGAAGGGCACCCAGACGUAGAACAACCCUGUAAACCUGACGUCCGAACGUGGACUCCCAAUUCAGCGGUCAUCAAGCAAACAGUCCCACCGGCUUGCCCUGAACCUCAAGGGUGCUACCUUCAGCUUCAGUUCCAAUACCCGGUCGUCCCAGAAUCUCUGACCAUCUGGGUGACUUACGUUUCCCCCGAGUGGGACUCCAAAGAAGCCAUCAACGACAUCAAAUUGCUGAUGGUUGGUGGAGAAAACAUUUCGCUCGGGCCGCAGAACUUCUUCUGUGACAUCCCCAUGACCAUCAGGCUGGAGAUGGAGAAGGUGAAGGGCGAAGUCCGUGGCAUACAGAUUUACACCUUAGACGAACAACUGGAAAUCGACGCUGCUAGGAUCACCUCGGUUCCGCAGAGCUCACAAUGUAAAAAGUGCCGGCCCAUCCGCUACAAAGUCUCCCGGGAGCCCCCAUUUCCGAAAGGACCUUCGUUUCUCAUCUCGGACCUCAGUCGGAGAUUUGUGGACACGGACCUGAAGGAUGGCACAUCAUACCAUUAUCGGGUUUCUGUUGUUUCUGAGCAAAAGGAAAGUGAGCCUUCUCCCACCCUGUCCUACACACACGGAAAAGGCUACUGCGGUGAUGGGAUUAUCCAGAAAGACCUUGGGGAAGAAUGUGAUGACAUGAACAAAGUGAAUCAUGAUGGAUGCUCCCUCUUUUGCCGUCGGGAAUUAUCUUUCAACUGUGUAGAUGAGCCGAGUCGUUGCUACUUUCACGAUGGGGAUGGCGUGUGCGAAGAGUUUGAGCAGACAACCAGCAUCACGGAUUGUGGCAUCUACACCCCCAAAGGGUUCCUGGACCAGUGGGCAUCCAAUGUGUCAGUUUCACACUAUAACGAGAAAUGCCCAGCUACGGUGGUAGCAGGUCAGCCGGCAGCAAAUCAAAUGUGCCGGACCAAGGAGUAUGACUUCAAUGAUGCUAUGGCCCAAUAUGCGUGGUACCCCUGCACCGCCAACCACACUCACACAGUCUUCUGGCUGAAGGCUUUCUAUACCCAACCCAUGGUAGCUGCGGCAGUGAUUAUCCACUUGGUAACAGAUGGGACAUGGCUGGAAAUGGAGCUCGACCAGAAACAAGAGUCAAUUUUUGUGCAGCUGCUGGACACUAAAAACCAAAGUCACGAUCUCGGGGAGCACGGUUUGAGCUGCCGAAAAAACCCUUUGAUUAUCCCGGUUGUCCAUGACCUUAGCCAGCAUUUCUACCGGACUCGGGCCAUCAUCAUCACCUUCCGAUCUCAGUAUGUGGCGAUCUCCGGGGUGGCCUUGCGCUCCUUCCAGAAUUUUGACCCCAUCGCUGUCAGCAGCUGUCAAAGUGGACAGACCUACAGCCCGGCUGAACAGAGCUGUGUCCCCCAUUCUUGCAAGACCAUGGAUUGCCAAGAGUUGGACAUUGAGAACGCCGUGCUGACUUUCACCGAUGGAGGGCACUACAAUGGCGCCCAGUGUAACGUUACCUGCCGAACCGGUCAUGUCCUCCACGUUCACAGAACUGACAAUCUGCCCCAGAGCCAGUGGGAGUCAAGCACCACCAUGACGUGCCUGAAUGGGGAAUGGAACAAACAGGUUUCCUGUGAGCCCAUUGACUGCGGAAUUCCAGACCAGCACCAUGUCUACCCUGCUACUUUUAACUGCAGCGAAGGGACCACUUUUGGCAAGAAAUGCUCCUUUACCUGCAAGCCUCCGGCGCAGCUGAAAGGAAGCAAUAACCAUUUGACGUGCUUGGAAGAUGGGUUGUGGUCCUUCCCGGAGGCUCUUUGUGAGCUGAUGUGCAAGGCACCUCCUUUGAUUCGCAACGCUGACCUCCAAACUGGUCGCUGCCGGCUUCAGAAACAUAAAGUGGGCUCCUUCUGCAAAUAUAAGUGCAGACCAGGCUACCACGUCCCUGGACCUUCACAGAAAACAAGGAAGAGGACAUUUAAGAUUCAGUGUGCCCAAGAUGGGACGUGGCUGGAAGGAGCCUGCAUCCCUGUGACCUGUGACCCUCCCCCUUCCAAGUUUCAUGGGCUGUACCAUUGCACCAACGGCUUCCAGUUCGACAGCGUGUGUCAGAUUAAGUGCAAAGGGGAAGACCUUCAAACUGGCCAGGAAAAUAACGUGAUUCGUUGUCGGAAGGAUGGCAACUGGAGUGGAUCCUUCCAUCUCUGCCCGGAAAUGCAAGGACAUUGUUCUCCACCUCAACAGUUGAGUGGCGACCUGAAGUUACAAUGUCCGGAGGGCUCCGGAAUAGGAGCUGAAUGCACCAUCUUAUGCCCUGAACAUCAUACGGAGCCCAUCCUGUUACCUGCCAAUGAAACAUUGCAGGACAUCCAACACUGGAUGAAACCUCCACGAGUAAAGAAAGUAGUCUGCACAGGAGAACGUAAGUGGUAUCCUCGCCCUGCGUUGAUUCACUGCAUCAAAGGUUGUGAGCCUUUUGGGGGUGACAACUAUUGCGAUCCGGUCAACAACCGAGCCUUUUGCAACUACGAUGAUGGAGACUGUUGCGUCUCGACGGUGAAGACCAAAAAGGUCAUCCCGUUCCCCAUGUCUUGCGACCUACAAGGAGAAUGUGCUUGUUUAGAUCCCAAUGCUGAAGAGCACAAUCAACAGGACCAUCGUGGCUUCAACUUUGCCUAACGCCAAGCGCUAAGGCGCAGCAGAGAGAGAGAGAGAGAGAGAGAGAGAGAGAGGGAAAGAGAGAGAGAGAAAGAGCUUCCCCACCAGCGGCAGGCAAGGAGACGCACCGUUCCACCUCUCGUUUUUAUCAGUAUCAUUUCUUUUUUUUUUUUUUAACAAGCUGCUCAAACUGUCACCCGGUGUUGUUUCCGCACCAGGGGCAUUUAUAGACUGCAACCGGUUCUGCCUUCCAUUUUCUUUGCCCCGAGGAGACCCGAAACUCUGGCGGAAGGCGGGAAGGCCGAAACGGCGGCCAGCCGGAUUAUUUGUAUUAAUUGUAUCUUAACUAGCAAGACCGCCAACAACACACAAAAAACGGACUUUCCAGGGCAGGUCGUCAGGGUGGGGGUUGGGGUGGGGGAAAGAAGAAAGCAUGUGUUAUACUCAAUACCGCGUCCAUCUCGUAGGAGCCGUGUUAUGGUAUUUUUUUAGGUUCGGUUUUGUACGUCUUUGGAGUCAAGUUUUGGUUUUCUGCAUUUCUGGAUCCGGAUUCCGGCAAGAAACAUAGAUCAAUGUUUCACCUUAAUAUUGAUAGGGAGAAACUAGAGGGAGGGACAGAAAAGAGGGACAGAAAAGAGCACGAGAGAUAGAGAAAAAGGGAGCUCAAUGUUCACAGCCCUCAAGUUUUUUUCUUCCAGAGAAGAUUGGACCUCUUCAACCGAGCCAAGUUUUGCUUGGUCCGAACACGGAUCCCCUCCCUACGUCUCGACGUCAUUGCAACCGCCAGAGAGCAAGGACAGAGAGGCAUUCUCAAGAACCUUGCCAGCUCUUGUGGACACACACCUGUGGUCAGAGGGGCUGAGUGCCAAGAGGGGGGUGGGGAGGGCGAAAGCUGCUACGUGCUCUACAUCGCCGCCGGAGAACCGAGACGAUGACAAAGAUGACCAAGAAGGUCAACCAUAGAUCUCCAUUUCCGCCAUGCUGCUAAUUCUGCUGCUGCUAGAUUCUCAGUCAACCAAAAUAUCCCUUCCCGUUUCAGGAACAGGGUGAGGUUCAACCUUCCGAACAACCGGACAGUCUGCCUUAAAAUUGCUUUAUCGACUGCCUGCCUGCCUUUCCAAAUCCUCCAUGGCUGUUCGUCUCCCCUUUGUACGUGUGUGUGUGUGUGUGUGUGUGUGUCACACUGGGGAAGAAACUGUGGUGUCACCAACCUGAAGAGCUUCCCUUCCCCAGGACGAAGCAUCCUCCCCCAGUCUAUUCUUACUUGGGUGACGGACAGUUCCUCCUAGCUGUGUCUUAACCCAUGGUUCAUCUGUUGGGGUCAGGACUAUCCAACCUUGGUGACUUUAAGAACCUUAGGAACUUCAACACCCAGAAUUCCCCAGCUAGCGUGGAAUGACGGAAGUUGAAGUCCACAAGCCUUAAAAGUUGACCAACUCCUGCUCAGCCAGCGACAAGACAGUUCCAAGGCUUGUUUCUUGGCCCAUAGUUUCAUCUGUUGGGAUCAGGGCUGUCUAACCUUGGUGACUUUUAAGACUUAGGAACUACAACUCCCAGAAUUCCCCAAUCAGCAGUCCGCAACUCUUAAAAGUCACCAAGAAGGCUCGGUUUAGUUCCUUUUCUCUCUUCAGCUUUAAAAAUAACACUUAAAAAAACAAAGUAGUAGCUGAGACAACACUAUAAG